UCAUUUUAAAUUUCUCACGUUUUCGGAAAACUUGAUAACCUAUGUACAAUUAUAAUAAAAGUUGUGGAACAGUUCAAGCUUCUUAUUCACUACAGUGAACGCCGUUAUAUAAGGGCUGCUAUUUUAUUUUCAUUUAGAGGAAGAAAAAAUGGAUGAUAGUCAAGCUUUUGUGAACAGUGAACAAAUUGAAGUAGAUAUACAGAACAAAGACGCCCCUCAAAUUGAAUCUGAACAGGAAGCUUCUAAAGGAGCUGAUGAAAACAAAGAGAGUAAAAAUGAGGUCGAUAACAACCAAAACACAACAGAUCAGGAACAAAACCAGGACAAAUUAAGAUAUGAAGAGUUACCUGGUGUUAGUUCAUCUACUUCUGAACAAGUUAUCGGUGCCGACUGUAAGAGCGAUCGAGUAUCAGUACUGGCCAACAUGGAAAUAGGUUCAAUCAAAGCAAAUGAUGACGUGUAUUUGAAGAUGAGAAUGGAUGAUCGUGAAGCUUAUGUGAACAGUGAACAAAUUGAUGACAUACAUAACAAUGACGCACCUCAAAUUGAAACUGAACAGGAAGCUUCUAAAGGAGCUGACGAAAACAAAGAUUGUAAAAAUGAGAUCGAUAACAACCAAAGCACAACAUAUCAGGAACGAAACCAGGACGAAUUAAGAUAUGAAGAGUUACCUGGUGUUAGUACAUCUACUUCUGAACAAGUUACCGGUGCCGACAGUAAGAGCGAUCAAGUAUCAGUACUGACCAACAUGGAAAUAGGUUCAAUCAAAGCAAAUGAACCUUGUGAUAAACCAGGGAAACCUAGCGCAGUUGGACAAGUUCAUGUAGACACUGUCCUUUUGGCCUGGGAACCACCAAAAGAACUGUAUGAAAACUUCAACUAUCAGUUGAGGUACAAAGAAGUUAAAGAAAAGCAAAAAUGGAAACUUCAUCCAGAAUUAAUGGCCAGUAGUACAGUCACUUUGAGCACUUUAAGAUCCGAUACACAAUAUAUAUUUCAAGUCCGAAUGGUGAAUGAUGAGAUUGAAGGACCGUACAGCGAAACAAGCGAUCCCGUUCAGACUAUUCAAUCAGCCGCUCAACAAUUAUUGGAGUUUACUUAUGACGUUUCAAGACCAGAUGUGGAAAUGCCAUUGAAAAAAAUUCCAUUACAAGAAAAUGUAGGAACAAGAAACGAAUUAGCAAAAACUAGGAAGUUAGUUAUAGGUGAAGCGAGCAAAACUCAUUUUGCAGAAAGAACAAUCAUGCUUGUAGGCGCGACAGGGACAGGGAAGAGUACUCUUGUCGACGGGAUGGUGAAUUAUAUACUUGGUGUGAAUUGGAAUGACAAAUACAGGCUUACACUAGUUGAUCUGGAAGAUGAAGAGAAAGAUACAGAUGCUGAUCAGGCAGUCUCGCAGACUCAAUGGAUAACAUGCUAUACAAUACAUCCGAUGUCUGGUAGCCGCUUGAACUACACUUUAAACAUCAUAGACACGCCGGGAUUCGGAGAUACGAGGGGAAUUGAUCGAGACAAGGAAAUCAUUGAUCAAAUUCGUACCUUGUUUUCUCGUGAAGAUGACACUGGUGUUCUUUACAUCGACGCUGUUUGCUUUCUUAUCAAAGCCCCUGAUGCUCGUCUAACACCCACACAGAUGUACAUCUUUAACGCUAUAAUGUCACUAUUCGGGCAAGAUAUAGAGAACAAUAUAUGCAUGCUUGUUACUUUUGCGGAUGGGAAAAGACCUCCUGUAUUAUCUGCUUUAAGAGCAGCAAAACUACCACAUGAGCAGUACUUUCCAUUCAAUAAUUCAGGUCUCUUCGCGGAGAAUACCGGGGAUAAUGUUUCAUGUUUUUCGCCUAUGUUUUGGGAAAUGGGAUGCAAAAGUUUUCAGAUGUUUUUCAAUACGCUCACCAAGAUGGAAACAAAAAGUCUUCGGCAGACGAGAGAUGUUCUUUCACAGCGUGAGCAAAUAGAAUUAACUAUGGACAAUCUUCUUCCAAAGUUAGAUGCUGGGUUGAAUAAAAUCGAAGAAUUGCGCGUUGAAAUCAGAAUAUUAGAAGAUUACAAAACUCAAAUAGAAGAAAAUAGCGACUUCACUUACACUGUUUCAGAAACAGAACAAAAGCAGAUCGAUCUUCCCAAAGGCAAACAUGUAACAAAUUGCCUGAAUUGCCAUAUGACAUGCCACAAUGAUUGUGCCUAUGCAAAUGACGAGGAUAAGAAGCAUUGUUGUGCAAUGGACAGCAAUGGGAAUUGUACACAGUGUCAGGAGCAUUGUUUUUGGGAUAUUCACAGAAAUACACCUUACAUAUUUGAGUAUGUUACAGUACAGAAACAGAGGACCUAUACAGAGAAGCUUGAAAAGUACCGCCGGGCCGAAGGAGAAACAAUGACGCGCAAAAAGGUUGUAGAAAGAAUGUAUGAUGAAUUGUUCGACCUUGAAGAUGAUAUCAUGGAGCUGAUGGAUACAAUAAAUACUUGCAACAAUAUCCUUAGAGAGAUAGCUCUUCGACCUGACCCCCUAAGUGUUGUUGAGCAUAUCGACCUUCUGAUUGAAAGCGAGAGACUGGAAAAACGACCAGGAUUUCAAGCUAGGAUUGUAUCCCUAAAACAGUGCCGCAAAAAAGCAACCAUUGGCGACGACGUAGAUCGAUUUACAACAGGUGUUACUGACACGACGAAAAUAAUCACGGCGCAAGUUAACUUACCACCUAAACCGCCAAGAAGGAAGCAGAGGACUACGGGAAAGUUCAGUUUGUUCAAACCAUUUGUGGAUAUUAUGAACAUGUUUCAGAAUUGACAGGUUCAAUGACAAUUAUUGAAAUCAACUUCGUCCGUGCCUAAGGUUAUAUUGGACAAUGCUUAAGUAUGAUAUUGUUGGUUAUGGUUCUGUUGAUAUUUUAAUAAUCUUAUAAUUUGAUUUCGCUUUCUACGUGUUUUUCUGCAGAUGUUUCAUGUGUGUUUAUAAUUCAACGACGUUGACAUUGUUAACUGAUGAUUUAUGCUGCUAUUGGAGUUUACAUUAGAACUUUUUUCUACUUUAAAACCUUUCCUUUUGUUAGUGUUAGUCUUUAGUUAAGAAAACGUAUACAUUUCGUUAUGUGAAUCCUAAUGAGCAUCAUUUUUCUUUCGUUCUGUGACUUUAUUCAUUGCUGUCGAGGUUCUACAAUUUUGCAUGAUGAUUUUUUAUUAAACCGUACAGUGUCAGUGUUUUUUUGUAUUUAGACUAGACAAUAAAGAAUCAACAGAAUAGUCCGCAUAUAACAUUCUGUUGUGAAAUAUAUUUUUCCAUGAUAAUAUUCAUUCAGUCUGUUAGAAUGGUCGAUAUAUAUUAUUAUAAGUACUAGAGCUUACUUAUGUAAACAACAUGUGCCUGUUUAAUUUCCUCCUGAGCUCCAUGCCGGGGCUCCGUUUUGUUGGGUCGAUUCUUGGUUGUUAUCAUUGAACGCCGACCUUCCUUGUUUACCUUGUUUUUUUUAUCCAUAUUUUGUUGUAAAUGUGAUAUUGUUAUGUUUUCUUUAAAACUAUUAAAUUGAAAAUUAAACUUAAUACCGAAUAAUGAAAUAGUGAAUCAUUUGAAUUAAGUUAUCAUACACAGAUCGUUUUGUAUUACUUUAAAUUAUUAAAUACUAUACUUUCAUGAGUCAGUCAAAUUUAAUUUCUUAAAA